AUGCUACACGAGAUCCUCCUCUCCCUCUCUGGCCAGCCCUCCCCCCUCUUCGCUCAAGUCGGGAAAGAAACGGACUCUCAAGAUGAUUUUGCCCUUCUCUCUCCUCCGGAGAAAGCUCUCCUUGGGUCGAUCGCCCACUUGAGCCAACUUCAUACUCACCUCCGCGAACACACCUCUCAAAUAUCAUCCUCCCACGUUUCCGUCAUUUGUCGCGCAGUAUCAACAAGCAUAGUGACCGUUCAUUUGGGUCAAUUCCAGAAGAAAAUCCUGGAAGUGGAAAGCGCGAUUCUUGCCGAGGACAGCUUAUAUGUUGGUGGUUACGGCAUUGUUCCUUUAUCGACUAUAGUGGGGGAGUUUGCGCCGUGGACUUCGCGUAUGGAAUGGCUAUGGGAAAUUGUCCAAUUUAUGCAACCCGAGGCGACAGACCAAACGCGCCGCCAUGGCUGCACCGGCGCAGGACUCAUCAACCAUCUGCGAGGGGAACUUCAAACAGGAUACACGGACAUCAAGGAAAUGGGAAGGCAAUUGGUGACUGUUGCCGAGACAGCGUGGAUGAAACAGCUUUCCAUGUGGCUAUUAUAUGGUAAUUUACCCAUAUAUGGCAAGCAUGACUUUUUUAUCCAGGAGGCCUUCGAUAGCGAGGAGGAUGAUGUCCAGUUCGGCAUGCAUUUGGAUUUACUUCCGAAAUUUGUUGUCGAGCAAACAGCAGGGUCAAUUCUAUUUAUUGGAAAAUCGCUGAACCAUGUUCGUUCCAAGCGCAAGGCCUUCGCUGGUAUCUCAACUGCACCAGUCACAUUAUAUCAGGAGCAUAUCGAGCACCUAGCUGGGCUAAAAUCACCUAUAUCAUCCUCAUCGCUGACCUCGGCGGUGGAUUGGAUUCGUCUCUCACUGUCUCAAUCCACAUUGUCCAGAUUGCUCCCACUACCUAAGAUCCUGGAGAUGCUCACCUUACUGCAUGAUUUUUUACUCUUAGGGCGUGGUGAAUUCGCCGUGGCUCUGGUCGUGCAUGCUGAUAACCGCAUAGAAGAAACCCGACGGCGGGGGGCGGGAGCUCGAGGUCCCACACUUGAUGGCCUUAUCAUGAAAGAAGGAGAUGUCACGACCUCUUUGGCACAUGCCUGGGUUGAGCUGUUCUCUUUACAAAAAGAAGAGGAUCCGGCCGAUGAGGAGUUGGAGUUGGCUCGCGAGCUGCUGCGACUAUUCAUCAGUGACCGAAAAAACAGCCGAGCUAUGACCCCAUCGCAUGGUUCAAAUGCGAUGUCCAAGAUCUCGAGAGUUUCCUUUGAAGAUUUGCUCUUCCCGACACCGACAUGUCUAACCGCACAAGUUCGUGCUCCCCUUGACUUAUUUCUUUCCAGCUCCGACAUAGCUAUCUAUUCAAAGAUACACUCGUAUUUACUUGGCAUCCGGAGAGCGCAAAUGCGGCUCGGCGAUUUAUGGAAACGAACUACCCUGCGAAGAAAUCACCCUACUCCAUGGGGACCCCCGCGGAGUAAUAAACCAUUCGGUCAGCAGCGACUAAAAGCGAGCCGUGAGAGAGACAAUGUUCGCACCAAACAGAUGCGAUCGAUCUGGGCCACUGCUAGCGCUUGUUUAUUUGUUCUUUCGGAGAUUGGAAGUUUCUUCCAAGGAGAAGUUGUGCACGAGUCCUGGCAACACCUUCGCGAGUGGAUUCAGGGUCGCCCAUCCUCCGGUUCCUCAGUAUCUGGCUCUCGGCCCGGGACGGCAUCGUCUGCGAAGACACGGCCAUCUCGAGGGGCCUCACCCGACCGUGCGUCGAGCCGGCCGACCUCCCAAGCAGGACCGACUCUCAGUCGAACUGACCCUGAAGCUUUGACCACUGCCCACCGUCGCCAUCUUUCAAUGCUCAUCCAGUCCUUAUUCCUAACUGAUGUUCCAUUUACCAGCGCUCUGCGGGCAUUGCUCGCCAGUGUCGAUCGCUUUGUGGCUCUCGUGAUCCGUCUUGAGACGAUCCAGCGAAAUAUGGAUCUGGAGACCGAUGAAGGCGUGGUGGAUGCCCUCGUCGAUUACGCUCAUGAAGAAAGUGAAGUGUGGCACAUGCUGCGAGCAACACGUGAUGAUUUGAAGAACGGUAUUCAAGGACUAGUUGCGAAUCUACGUGAUAUCGAUGAUCAUCGGUCUGGCGAAGGACUCGGCAUCGCAACAAACCUAGAUAAUGGCUAUGGCAUUCGGGCGGAUUCAGGCACAAGCCCGGUGGGUCACUAUGUACCGCGCCAACCAGCCGGUGUGGACCGACUUCUGAUGAAAUUGGACUUUGGGAGUCUGCGUAGCGAUGGCGGAGUGGCCAUUGCACCGGGAUUAACGGAUUUGGAGUAG